AGCAGAUUAUUGCAAGAAAAAAUUGUGUUUUUCUAAUAUUGUUUGUUAAGUUGAUUUUUUUAUAUUAAUUUUCUAUUAAAGUUUGUAAAGAAUUUUAUAUACAAAUGUUAAAUACUCAUACAGUUGCUAUUAAUUUAUGUGAAAGAUUUACAUUUAUCUUAAUAAAUCUAUAAUUUUUCCAAAAAACAAGGUACAUAUUAUGCAAAAGUGUUUUUUCUUGAGCUGGCUGGUCUACAUCAUCAUAAACAUUUUAUGUAACUUUUGGCCAAUAGUAGCUGCUAUUGUUUUUAAAAAUGGAACAAGAAAUCGGUACUUGGGAUUCGGUAUUAUUGGAAAAUCUUUCUGAAGAUAGUUUCAUUAAUAACAUACAUCAACGCUAUAAACGUGAUCAUAUUUAUACCUACAUUGGCACCUCAGUGGUUGCAGUAAAUCCAUAUCAUCACAUAUCAGAACAUUCGUUGGACUUAAUACGCAAUUAUGGUAGCAAGGGUAUUUUUCAAUUACCGCCACAUAUAUAUGGUCUGUCGAAUCUGGCAUUUCAAUCCCUUAAGGAUCAAAGUGAAGACCAGUGUAUACUAUUAACAGGUGAGAGUGGUUCUGGUAAAACAGAAUCUUUUAAAAUGAUUGUCAAUUUCUUAACACACAUACAAGAAAGAUCGAAAGAAUCAACAAGCUCUCAACGAAAACAAUCUACGGCCAGUUCAACAGUCGGUGCUACUGCUGCUGUUGCUAGCGGUUGUUCUGCGGCUGCCAGCAACAAACAUCGUCGUACCUCUAGCUCAUGUUCUGUGGGUCCUUCGCCGAAUUAUAUGCUUUGCAAAAAUACUUCGGCUACGGCGAGUACUAGCACUACCUUGUCCAUGCAACGACGACAGUCUCCAUCGCCAGGACCGACAGCACGAAGAUGUGACAUAGCAUUGCAGCAUCGUUCACGAGCAGAUAGUUCAGAGCGUCAAGGUAAAUGUUCGAAUGUGCGAGAAAAAAUGGUUGAGUUUGAUUUUUCACAUCAUAAAAGUAGUGAGAAUAUAACUACUAUGGAUAGUUCAUACACCACAGCUGCAUCGGUUCACUAUAGUCAAGUGCAACAGGGUACAGCAUCGGCAUUAACCCUUUCGCCACAUCCUACAAAAUCUUGUUUUAAACAUCAUCAAUCAACACAAGUUCCCUGCAAUACUGCCACACCCUUAAAAUCAACACUAUCAACAACUUCUUCAUCUUCAUAUGCUCGUAGUGCUUCGCCGAAAUAUCUCACAGGUUCCACCGGCGGAGGUUGUCGACAAUGUGGUCAUAGUAAAUGUACAAGAGCUCAAAGUUUCGAUAGAGAUGAACCAGAUUUCGGUUUUCAAAAACCCUCCGGAAGUCGUAGUCUAUCGGCUUAUCCCUCUGUACAACUACAACGUGGCAGUUGUUCCAAUCUUGUGCGUCAAACCUCAACCGAAAGUUAUACACGCGAUGAGCGCCUAUCGCUAAUGGGUUCCAUGCAACGUAUUUCUCUUUAUGAUGCUCAUAAAUUGAAUCAAACAUCUGCACAAAAAUCUCCAUCUUCAUCGUCUUCAAGCAGAAAAUACAAGAGCCCUUUAAAAAGAUUAAGGGAAUGUGUGUCGUAUGCAGAUGUUUUCCUCGAGGCCAUGGGUAAUGCUGCAACUCAUAAGAAUAAUAAUUCAAGUCGUUAUGGUAAAUUGUUUGAUAUAGAAAUUGAUUUUAAAGGAGAUCCUAUUGGCGUUCAUAUAACACAUUAUAUGUUGGAAAAGACUCGUGUAACAAAUACUGCAAUAGGCGAAAGAAAUUUUCAUAUAUUUUAUCAAUUAUUAUUGGGUGGUGACUUGCAAUUGUUAAAGUCCUUAAAAUUAUAUCGUAAUGUGGAAAAAUAUGAAAUUUUAAAAAAUACAACUGCCAUUGAAGAAGAUCGCACUAAUUUUCAUUAUACAAAGAAAUCUUUAGAGGUUCUUGGUUUAUCAUGUGAUGAAAUAAAUGCCAUUUUUCGUGUUAUAGCUGUUGUCCUUAAAUUAGGUAAUUUUAUUUUUGUACCGGUUACAAAUAUAGAUGGCACUGAAGGUUGUCAAAUAUCCAAUAUUUAUGAAGUACAAGAAACUGCUCAUUUACUUAAUUUGGAAGCUCAAAUUUUAACUAAUUGCCUUACAAGAGCAAGCUGCUCAAAUAGUACACUGGAAGAUGUGGGUUGCGAACUUGACGCUCGUCAAGCGUCUAUUGUCCGCAACACCUUGUGUCGUACACUCUAUGGACGACUCUUCACUUGGCUGGUGAAUAAAAUCAAUGAGAGCCUUAAAUCAACACAACGUGAAAAAAAUUUAGCUUUAUUAGAUUUUUAUGGUUUUGAAUUAAUGGAUAAUAACUCAUUCGAACAGUUCGCUAUCAACUAUAGUGCUGAAAAAAUCCAUCAAAAUUUUGUACACAACGUACUCAGGGUUGAACAGGAGCUGUAUGCCCGCGAGGGUCUCGAGUGGUCGCGUAUAGAUUAUUUUGAUAAUGAAUCAAUAUGUGAACUUAUCGAUAAACCGAACUACGGUAUAUUAAGUUUAAUCAACGAACCACAUUUAACCACCAAUGAAGCUCUAUUGCUGCGCAUACAACAGUGCUGUGCUGGUCAUCCGAAUUUUAUGAUUUCACAACCGAAUUCGAUGUCAUUUCGUAUACGCCACUAUGCGAAUGUCGUCCAGUAUUCGGUACAACGUUUUCUGGAGAAGAACUCCGAUAUGCUGCCAAAAUAUAUAAGUUCAGGUUUAUAUCAAAGUAAACUGCCACUCGUACAAAGUCUUUUUCCCGAAGGGAAUCCUCGAAGACAGGCCACUAAAAAACCCACCACUUUAAGUUCCAAUAUACGCACUCAAUUACAAACUUUACUCGCCAUAGUUAAGCCAAGACGUUCGCAUUAUGUAUUCUGUAUAAAGCCCAACGAAUGCCGCCAGCCGAAAAGUUUCGAUAUGGCUUUAGUGCAACAUCAAGUUCGCUACAUGUCCCUCAUGCCUCUGGUCAAUUUGUGCCGUCAAGGACAUUGUUUUCAUAUGUCUCAUGCCAAAUUCUUUUUGCGGUAUAAACUUCUAAACAAUACAACCUGGCCUCAUUAUCUUGGUGGCACUUGUGUUGAGGGUAUCGCUGUCAUUAUACGUAAUCUUCCACUGCCAUCAGCUGAAUUUACAAUUGGCACAAAAAACGUUUUUGUACGCAGUCCACGUACUGUUUAUGAACUGGAACAGUUUCGUCGUGUACGCAUGAAUGAAUUGGCCGUUUUGAUACAGACCACAUUUCGUAUGUACAAGGAGAGACGUUUGUUUUUACGCAUGCGUGAAAGUCAAAUUGUGAUAUCAAGUGCUUGGAGAACUUGGAGGGCCCGUGAAGAAUAUCGAAAUAUGCGCUAUAAACGACAAAUUAAAUGGGCGGUCGAAGUUAUAUCACGUUAUUAUUUACGCUGGAAAAUACGUCAAUAUUUUCUAACCAUACCGUUAAGAUUACCACCAAACACUUUGAGUCCCCUAUCAAUGGAUUGGCCUACGGCACCAAAAUUCUUAAACGAAACAUCGCGACUGCUACGUGCCAUUUAUCAUCGUUGGAAAUGUUAUAUAUAUCGAAAUUCAUUUGAUCAAACCUCUAGGAAUCGUAUGCGUGAAAAAGUCACCGCCAGUAUAAUAUUUAAAGAUCGUAAAGCUUCCUAUCCUAGAAGUGUGCCUCAUCCAUUUAUUGGAGAUUAUGUACGUUUAAGACACAAUCAACAAUGGAAGAAAAUGUGCGUGGAAACAAAUGAUCAAUAUGUUGUAUUUGCUGAUAUUAUAAAUAAAAUUACCCGAUCGAGUGGAAAGAUUGUGCCUAUUUUAUUAGUCUUAUCAACUUCAUCUUUAUUACUUUUGGAUCAAAGAACCUUACAAAUUAAAUAUCGUGUACCGGCUGCUGAAAUUUAUCGCAUGUCUUUAAGUCCUUAUCUUGAUGAUAUUGCCGUAUUUCAUGUUAAAGCUUCUGAAUUUGGACGUAAAAAGGGAGAUUUUGUAUUUCAAACAGCUCAUGUUAUAGAAAUCGUUACAAAAAUGUUUUUAGUUAUACAAAAUGCCACUGGAAAACCUCCGGAAAUACAUAUAAGUACAGAAUUUGAAGCAAAUUUCGGACAACAAACGGUUAUCUUUAAUUUUAAAUAUGGUGGCAUGUCGAAUUUAGCACAAGGACCUCCAAAAGUUACUAGAAAAGCUAAUCGCAUGGAAAUUAUUGUAUGAUCCGCAACAAAAACUUAUCGCUGGACCUCAAUGACUUUUUUAAAUGCCUAUGAGCUGGAUGCUAUGGCAGAUUGAAUUAAUAUAAGGAAUAUACAUAAAUAAACUCUUACACCAAAACGUAAACCUUCUUCCACUCCUUGAAUACAGCAAAAAACAACAACCAAAACUGACAAUCAUACAGAUGCAGUUGUUCAUAUAAUAAAUAAAUUAUAAAAAUAAAUAUUAAACAAAUUGUUUGAAGAAACAAACUGGAACAUAUUGUUUCAAAAUUUGUUAUAAACGUGUGCCAAAUGAAAUUAUAUGGAAAAUCUUAUAAGGCAAACAAAAAACUACUUUUUAUCCUUAAAUAAAUUUUAUACAUAUUUUAUUAAAUAAGUUUUUAAUAAAUAAUUUUUGCAAUUUAAGUUAAUUUCUUUUAAUUAUAUAAGUCACUAUAAAUUAGUUAUGAAUAUGUAAAAUAAAAGGUUAUGUUUAAAUUUGUAUCCUACCAAAAGGCAUUUAAAUUAUAUUAAGUUUUAUGUUUUCUCUAUUACAACUUUAAGGCAAUAGUUUUUCUUCCAACCGGUUUCACAAAAAAAAAAAACUUUUUUAACAACAAAAUCUUAAGAAUAUUUACUUACUUACUGCAUAAUCAUGCUAAAUAAACAGAUUUUAUUAUUCCUUAAAUUUUUACAAACCACCUUCUAAUAUUUUUCACUUUACUACAAACCUUGUGAAAAAAACGAAGAAAAAUCAACACAUAUUUACAAUAAUUGCAAACGGAACAAUAUUUGAAUACACAAAAACCUUAAAACAAAUUUCAAUAAAUAAAAUUAUUAUACUUACCAUUAUUAACAAAACUAAAACUCUUCAAAAAAAAUAAAAUAAGAUUUUUCUUAAGUAUUAAUAACAAAUUAUUUAAAUUCAAAUCAAUAACUUCAAUUUGUUAUUUCAGCUUCUGAAAAAUCUUAAUUUACAACAAUUGAAUUUAAAUUAAUAGAAAAAACCUUUAAAAUUAAUAAAAUAUCUAUCUAUAUACAACAA